ACACCCACACAGGCCACCGAGCUAGCUCCUCCCUGUCCUCUCUCUACAGCUACGCGCGCGCGGCUCAUGCAAAUGGAAGCAGAGUGAGCUGAAGCUAAGCAGCAACAGUGAUUAAUUGGCUGAGAGCAGAAGAUUAAGCAGCAGCUGGCUGGGUAGCUAGGUAGCUGGCCGCGACGCCAUUAAUGGCGGCCGGAUGCAAGGCGGCCAUCGGCUGCGUGGACGCGCGCGCGCCGGUGCGGGCCAGCUACGUCAGCCUGUACAAGUGGCCCGAGUCCGACGCCGAGUUCGUCAAGUCGGUGGCCAUGGCGCGGCGCCAGGGAGGCGGAGGCGGAGGGCAGGAGAGCCCCGGCGGAGCCAGCGCGUCCUACUACUACAGCUACAACGGCAGCGGCAGCAUGCGCCGCGGCGGUGGCGGCGGCGGCCUCAGCGGCGAGCUGGCGGCGGGGUACUGCAGCCCGCGGGUGGUGGACAGCUACUCGUGCCGGCAGAUGUACCUCCGCAGCUACACCUUCUCCAAGAAGAAGGAGACCGUGCCCGAGCGCACCAUGGCGUGCCUCGGCCGCGUCCGGGAGCGCGCAGCCGUGUUCCCCUUCCUCCCGCAGCGCGGCGGCGGAUCCGCGGCGGCCUCCGACGCCGGCUCGGUCGGCAGCGCGAGCAACAUCGCCGUCGGCCGCAGCGAGAGCAGGGACAGGGAGGACGUCGGGCUCCGUGACCGGAAGGCGAGGAGGAGCCGGACUCGGAGGAAGAAGCAGAAGAAGAAGCGGUGCACCAUGGUUAGGAGGCUGCAGGAGGCGUCGUGCGGCGCGGUGCACGCCAUCUUCCGCCGCCUCCUCGCCUGCACCACCAGCGUCGACGUCGCUGACGCCGGCGCGCGCCCGGCCCGCUGAAAUGACCACGCAUGCACGUGCGACAUGGUGCGGUGUGGUGCUGCCAUGCUGUUCUGCUUUCUGCAUGCACGCUGCAAUAGCUUGUGUGGAUUUUCUUGUGCCUGGCUGCUAGUACAGUAGCAAGCAAGCAGAACUGCAGAAGUAGUGAUCUGCAGUAAGACGGCAUGGACGUAAAUCAGGGAUCGUACGUACGUAUUAUAAGUUAAUCAAAUAUCUGUGCUUGUGUUAUUUAUUUGGUAUAUGUAUACACCUGCUCUCUUGUGCAUGGCUACAACUUCAGACCUUCAGCCAAGUUUUUGUGUUGAUCUUGCAGCU